AGAGCGGUUGGAGACGAUCUAGAGUAGAGUUCAUCGUUGGGAUCAGAGAACGAAAUCAUUAGUCAUCUUUACUUAAAAUCACGGUUAUAGAAAAGCUUGCAGGGAAAGUCGAAUCAUCGUACAGAGAUGAUUUUGAAUUGUCACUGGAUAUUUUAACAAAAUUCUGUAACAAACUUCGUCAACUAUUUCUAAUCGCCAUAAAAUACAUACGAGAAUGCUGCGGCAAUAUAAACUGGGAUGCUACAUCAUAACAUGUGUGAAUUAUGAGUAUUGUGACCCAGUCGCGAGAAUGCUGCAGUGAAAUUAUAGUUUACUUUUACCUUGAAAUAUUAAAGAGGCGUACUUCUGUAAGGAUUCGAUGUAGGUAAUAGAGUUUUUAUCAGCUAUAAUUGUUCAGAAGCUAAUCAUUCAUAAUGGCUGCGUUAAUGAAAAAGAGAGUAUUAGCUGAGUUUAACCAAAGUCAAACUGUGACAGCAGAACCACCUGUUAAACGUCUUAAAACUUUGAGACUACCAGCUUCUGCCUCAAAAAAUGGCUCAAGUAACAAAGGCAGUUCGGCAUUAGCUUAUUGUGAAUGCUUAGAAAAAUGCAAAGGAGGUAAUGAUGCGUUGCAAUUAUUGGUUCGAAUAUCAGACACUCUUGGCCAGAUGGCUAUAGAGGAUAUUCCAACAGCUGUAAAAAAAUUGUCUGAAAGAUUUGCCAUUGAGCAAGAAGCUGCAGUGAGAGCAAAAAUUCUUUGGAUAUUUGCUGAACUAGGAGAAUUGACAUACGACCCUUUGGAAAAAACAAGGAUCGUUAAUGAGACAGCUAAUCUUUUGAAAGAAGAAAAAUCGCACAGAGUCAAAAGUCAAGGGCUUGCUACCCUUUUAAAAUUAGGGGAUUAUAACAAAACCUUGGUUUUAAAAAUAGCAAGAGACCACUUACCAGACACCUGGCAUGGUGUACAAACAAGAUGUUUAUCGAUAAUAGGUCGUUACUUGUCAGCUAAUGCAGCUGAUGACACAUUAGUAUUAGUGAACAAUUAUGCUAAAUCUCAAGAUCCUCGAGUAAGAGCCCAAGCCUUUGAAACAAUGGCAGAACUUCACACUCACAGAAGUUGCAGACUUCCAGCUAGUUUCUUCCAAGAAGCUUGUCAGUGUCUACGUGAUGAUUAUGAAAUAGUCAGGCGUGCUGUCUUAAAAUUAAUUUGGCUGUUAGGAAAUGAGUAUCCGGAAACUAUGAUUUCUGGGGGAAAAGAUUAUGUUGAAGAUAUGAGGAUGGUAGACAGUGCCUUUUGUAAAUUAUGCAGUUUAAUGGGCGAUCUCUCUCCUAGAGUAAGAGCUUCAGCAAUGGCUUUACUAGGAUCACUAAAAGGUGUAUCUCGUCGCCAUAUAGAACAAGCACUAGAUAAGAAACAAAUAAGAGUUGAAGAUGAAGGUCCUAGAGAUGAAGAACGAACUGGAAUAAAUACUUGUGGUGCAUUUAUUCAUGGGUUGGAAGAUGAAUUUUUAGAGGUAAGAACUGCUGCAGUAGAAUCUUUGUGCGCAUUAUCAUUAGAAAGGCCAGUUAUAGCGAGAAUUUCACUGGAAUUCAUGGUAGAUAUGUUCAAUGAUGAAAUCCAAGAUGUUCGUAUAAGGGCGAUAGAGUCAUUAAGAAAAAUGUCAGCCAGUGUUACUUUAAGUAAAGAUCAAUUAGAAACUAUCCUUGGGGCCCUUGAAGACUUUUCUGGAGAAGUCAGAGAAGGGCUUCAUGCCACGCUAGGCGCAAGUCGUGUAGCCACGAAAAUCUGUCUACACAUGUGUGUCACAAGACUACUUGAUAAUUUGAGUCGUUAUCCGCAAGAUCAAGAUAGCAUAUAUAAUUGUUUAGCCACAAUGGGUGCUUCACAUCCUUAUUUGACUCUACCACUUGUGCCUCAGCUACUAGGACAACAUCCCUUUUUUGAUACACCUGAACUAAAUGUUGCUCUGCCAGCAUAUGUAAGCGUAUUAGUGCUAAUAUUUAAUGCUGCAGCUCAUUGUCCAAGCAUGCAUUCUUUGUUCACUCACCAUGCAGUUAAACAUUAUCAUUAUCUUCGUGAUACCAUGCCACAUCUAGUUCCCAGACUGAAACCAACUUUAAUGAUCAGCACGAGUCGACCAGACGAGAAAAUACGUGAUGAAGAGACUGAAGAUGAAAAUGCUCGGAAGUUUUUGGAGAAAAUGGUCUCAGCAGUGGAACUUGCAAGACCUGGUGGCAGAGUUUAUAGGCAACUUUUGGACGCGUCAGCAAUAGAUUUAGAUAGACUAGCUGAAAUGGAUUUGCGAAUGGAAGGCGUCGCUAGAUUUUUGGCAUUGUACAUACGUUGUUUACUACUCCUAAACUCAGUUAUUAAAGAAUUUACUGUCUCGCCCAGUACAUCAACGACUAACUCGUCGUCAAACAUCACAAAUAAAAUAACCCAGCUAUACAAACAUUCGCAACAAUUGUUGCGUUUAUUUAUCGGACUGGGAGAUAACGAAAUGGCACUAGCCAACGACAUUUGGCUCAAGGCUUUAGCAUUAGACUUAAUUCGCGUUGCGAGCAGCGAUACUGGUAGCGCCUUACCUUUGGCACGCCAGUUUUUGGCAGAAACUGAUACUCUACCUCAGGAUGCUUCAAAGUUACCACCAUUUUCAAAAGCUCUGGUUCAUCAACUACCAGCUGUUGGCGAAGCAAAACCAGGUACCCUCGCAAAACUUCUUUUACCGCUACUUGUGAAUCCUCCGCUAAAAGGAGAGGAAAAACUUCCGAGACCACCACCGACCACGAAGUACUGCCAGGCAAUUAUUGAGGAACCUAUAAGCGACUCUGAUACCGUGCUCAAAUUUACGGGUGGACUUAUUUUAGGCAUUCCGCUGACUGCAAAGAUUCUUAAUUUGCGUGACCCCAGCGCUGUAAGGAUCAAGUUGAGACAUCCAGAUCAGAAGGUGCAGCUAUUGCUGCCGCGUAAAUCUGAUCUCAAAUUGCAGAACAGCGACAAAACCAGUGACUACAGGCUAAGAACAACGGUGCUCUUAUCGCAUCAAGUAUGGAUGGAGGCAUGCUUUGUAGAUAUUUCUAUUGCACUACUUGUUCCUUCGGCUCAGCCUUGUACGCAUCCACCGCUAGACGACCCGUGCGUAUUGGAUCUGUGUAAACCUACGAAGAUUGCCAUUGCGCCAAAACAAGUAAAGAGGGGAAUAUAAGCAAUUAAAAUUAGGUGCCGCUCCGAAUGCCGGUGGUGAUCCGAAUCCAGUUGAUCCAAAACCAGUCUUUGCCGCUCCAAAAUCAGUCGGUGGUGAACCGAAGGCAGGUUUUGCUCCAAAGGCCGAGGGCUGUCCGAACACUGAGGAUGAGCCCAUGCCUCCAGAUGAAACUGCACCUCCAAACAUCGAAGUUCCGCCUCCAAGAGCUGGCGGACCGCCGAAGACUGAUCCUCCACUUGGGCUAGUGGGACUUGCCGCAGCGGCUCCAAAAAUAUUUCCACCAGCUGCUGGAGGUGAUGCCGCACUGGCGCCAAAUAUCGAACCAGCCGGUGCUGGUGUUGUCGUACUCGUGGACGUCGCUGAAGCUCCACCGAAGAUUGAGGAUGUUGGAGUGGUACUCGCACCAAAUACAGAGCCGCCAGUAGCUGGAGCUGCAGUUGCACCUCCAAAGAUAGAACCGGUCGAUGCCGCGCCGCCGAAUACUGAGUUGGUCGCAGUUGUUGCCGUUGUCGAAGCAGCAGGAGUAGCAGAGGACGCUCCAAAUAUUGGAGUCGCGAGAGCAGAUCCUGAUCCACCAAAGACGGAUGAUGUAGCGGGAGUACCUCCGAAGAGCGAGGUUCCGCUGCUUGGAGUUGUGCUGUUCGCUCCAAAAACUGUUAACAAUGUAUAUAUUAUUGUAACUAUUUUUGUGUACAAUUUGCUAUGCAAAGAAAUCUUUAUUAAGCAGCUUAUAGUUUCUUAUUUUUGAUGCUGAUUAACUUUAGACGAGAUCACUGAGGUGACUCGUAACGAAAUUUUGUAAAAAAUAUUUUUUUGAAAUGUUGUAAAGUUUACAAUGACUUGAUAAUAAAACGAUGUAAUGAUACAAAUUUAA